AUGCGUCAGCAAGUCCUCUUGGCGCCGCCGCUGCCGAGCGCUGCUAUGCGGUUUGCUGCCCUCUCUUCCUGCAUCGCAAGUCGCUACCAGCGCUCGCAAAAUCGCGCUGGCCUGCCGCGCUGGAAAGCAGCAGUUAUUCGCCGCGCCAAGCAGCGCAGCAGUGAGACGAAGUGUCUCUAUAACCGAUGCCCCGGCAUCUUUGCCGGCAUACGAUCGGGCGCUGUAGUUGCCGGAUGCCACACCCGAUCGCCAGAUUUUCAGGCCGAAGCGCUGGCAAGCGUGAGCAUGCAAGGCCGAUUGGGGCCAGCGCGCUGCAAAGGCGAUCGGCAUCGGUAUUGGAGGGGCCUGCCGAGCGAUCUUGGCGGGGUGUACGUGCGGCAAGUUGAAGCGGAGCGCCAAAGACGCGGGCGACUCAAGCAGCGCCGGAGGCAUAGGCUGGCUCGAUUCCGCGACGUGUCUUUGCCAGCAGCGCAUGCUUUGCAGCGCGAGGCUUCGCUCGAGUUCGUCAGUGCAUUUGGUCUGCUGUCACCGACCGAGCUCCGUUCGCGCCACCAACCAGCGCGCUCGCAGCUUGCUGCUGCUGGCGGCGAACGCUUGCUUAGGGCAUCCUGGCAACGGCCGUGUAGCUCGCGAUAG